CAGUCCUCCAUGGGAUACCCGAGGCGGGUUGACGUGAUGACGUUACCGGGGGAAGCGCCUCUCCUGCGGGCUGAAAGCUGAUGGAGAGGAGUCCCUGCUCCUCCUCUCACCACUCACAGCCGGGAUCGUAUGAGGAGGACGCGGUGCCCAUGAAAUGACACACUGAACUGGACAGAAACGUUACUCAACAUCGACUAGAAAGCACUGGGGACGUGUUGAAUGGAUUGCCAGUUUAUGAGUUUACAAGAUACUGUUUUCCCUCCCCGUGGAUGUUUGUUCGUGAUCAGCUGACAUGAGUCUGGCCACAGUGGGUUUCUAAAUCAUUUUCUGGUACUCUCAUCUGUUGCCUUGUCAUUGAGACAGCAUCAACAAGGCAGCUCACUGGUCAAAUACAUCAAAAUGACUUCAAAGAGUGCCUUUUGUUGUGUAUGCAGCUAUAUAUCUUCAAUCUAGCAAUGCUCAAGUCCCCAGUUUUGUGACCUCAUUUGUGCUUUUAGAGAAGUUUUCACUGAUCACCUUUUAAUAAGUUGCAAAUCACCAAGAUAGCCGAGGGAAAUCGCAAGUACUAUGCACCGUUGUCGCUGUCUCACAUCCGACAUCGCACCUGUAACCUCAGCGGAGGAGCGGCGCUCGUAACGGUACCGACCCCCCCUCCACCCCCACUCCCCGAAGGAACUCCGACCUUCCCUCCGGGUAGUUUUUUCAUCCACGGAGGGCGUAGAGAGCCGCAGGGAUGUUCGCCGCCGUGGAGCAUGGCCCGGUCCUCUGCAGCGACUCCAACAUCAUGUGCCUGUCCUGGAAAGGCCGGGUGCCCAAGAGCGAGAAGGAGAAGCCGGUGUGCAGGAAGCGCUACUACGAGGAAGGCUGGCUCGCUACCGGGAACGGCCGAGGAGUUGUCGGGGUCACGUUCACGUCCAGCCACUGCAGACGGGACCGACCCACCCCGCAGAGAGUCAACUUCAACCUAAGAGGACACAACAGUGAGGUGGUCUUGGUGCGGUGGAAUGAGCCCUUCCAGAAACUGGCCACCUGUGAUACAGACGGAGGGAUCUUUGUUUGGAUCCAGUAUGAGGGCCGCUGGUCUGUGGAGCUGGUCAAUGACCGUGGAGCUCAGGUGAGUGACUUUACCUGGUCCCAUGAUGGCACCCAAGCUCUUAUCUCCUACCGUGAUGGCUUUGUCCUGGUGGGAUCAGUCAGCGGGCAGAGACACUGGUCCUCUGAGAUCAACCUGGAAAGUCAGAUCACCUGUGGUAUCUGGACCCCAGAUGACCAGCAGGUGUUGUUUGGUACUGCAGAUGGACAGGUGAUAGUGAUGGACUGCCAUGGGCGCAUGCUGGCCCACAUUCUGCUGCAUGAGUCGGAUGGCAUCGUCAGCAUGUCCUGGAACUACCCCAGUUUCCUGGUCGAGGACAGUAGUGAGAGCGACACAGACUCUGACGACUACUCCCCACCACAAGUGCACAGCCAGAAACCUCUGCUGACAGUCAGCUUCACCUCUGGAGACAUCAGCCUGAUGAACAACUAUGAUGACCUCUCUCCCACCCUCAUCCACACUGGUCUGAAAGAUGUGGUGGUCCAGUGGUGCUCGCAGGGGGACCUCCUUGCGGUGGCAGGGAUGGAGAGGACCCUCCUCUCCCCCGACCCUUCCUGUCCUCCCCCCACAAGGAACGCCAUUGUCAAGUUCUACAACGUUCGUGGUGAACACAUCUACACACUGGACACGCCAGCGCAGCGCCCCAUCACUACGCUGUGCUGGGGUCACCGGGACUCUCGUCUGUUCUUGGCGUGUGGGCCGGCGCUCUACAUUGUGCGAGUGGAGCACCGCGUUGCCAGCCUGCAGCUACUCUGCCAGCAGGGCAUCGCCACAGCAGUGAAGGAGGAAAAAGAUGUUGCCAAGCUCACCAUGCCUUCCCGCCUCUGUUCUUAUGUCACCACCGCUUUUGUUCCCACCAUCAAGCCCCCCAUCCCAGAUCCCAACAACAUGCGUGAUUUUGUGAGCUACCCAACAGCUGGGAAUGAGCGUCUGCAUUGUACAAUGAAGCGGACAGAGGAUAAUCCCGAAGUGGGGGGACCCUGUUACACUCUGUACCUUGAGUACCUAGGGGGUCUGGUGCCUAUCCUCAAGGGCCGACGAAUAAGUAAACUGCGUCCAGAGUUUGUCAUUAUGGACCCCAAAACAGAUGGAAAAACAGAUGAGAUAUAUGGCAACAGUCUGAUAUCUGCCAUGAUUGACAGCUGUAACUGCUCGGACUCCAGUGAUAUUGAGCUCAGUGAUGACUGGGUUGGCAAAAAAUCUCCAAAGAUAUCCAGGGGUAGCAAAUCCCCCAAACUGCCCAGGAUCAACAUUGAUCCCAGAAAAUCACCCAAACUGUCACGCGCUACCCAGGAGAUCUCCAGGUCACCACGUUUACCCAUACGGAAACCGUCUAUUGGGUCACCCAGUCUAACACGGAGAGAAUUUCCUCUAGAUGACAUAACUCAGCAAAAUUACCUUGCUCAGGUCACAUCUAAUAUUUGGGGAACAAAGUUCAAGAUAGUGGGGCUGGCCACAUUCUUACCAACAAAUCUUGGUGCAGUCAUCUAUAAGACAAGCCUCCUCCAUCUGCAGCCCAGACAGAUGACCAUCUACCUGCCAGAGGUGCGUAAAAUCUCCAUGGACUACAUCAAUCUGCCUGUCUUCAGCCCCAACGUCUUCAGUGAGGAUGAAGAUGACCUGCCUGUCACAGGCCCUGCUGGUGGCGCUGAUGACAAUCCACCCUGCACUGUCAACAUCCCUAUUGCACCCAUCCAUAGCCCUGCACAGGCCAUGUCCCCCGCCCAAAGCAUUGGUCUGGUUCAGUCCCUCCUAGCCAAUCAAAAUGUUCAGCUGGAUGUUCUAACGAACCCCACAGCAACACCCUCUGGGGCUGCUGCUGGUGGUUCAGACCAAAGCCAGGACACCAUCCUGACAGCCCAGUACACAGUUCCCACCAGGUACUCCAGUCCUGGUCAGGUCAUCUUUGGAGGGCUGGAUAUGGGUCGCCUGAUGGUGGGGCCUCCACAUUCUCAUCAUCCUUCACAGCAACAACAGCAACAGCAACAACCAAGUCACCAUCAGCAACAGCAGCAGCACCAACAGUUACAACAACUACAACACCACCAACAAAUACAGCACCACCAACAACAACACAUACAGCAGCAGCAGCAGCAGCUACAGCAGCAGCAACAUCAGCAGCAGCUACAGCAGCACAUACAGCAACAGCAACAACUGCAACAGCAUCAACAAAUUCAGCAGCAGCUGCAACAGCAGCAGCAAAUGCAUCAUCAACAGCAAUCACAGCAGCAGAAUCAGAUGCAGCAACAGCAGCAUCACCAUCAACUUCAACAGCAGCUUCAAAUUCAAAUCCCUGUCCCCUCUAUGUCAUCAGGACAGCCUUCAGGUGCAGCUGUGCACCAGCUCCAGACGGGGGCACUGCAAAUCCAGAUCCCUCACCCUCCUGAGGUGGUAGUUGAGAGAACAGUGGGAGGUGAACACGAGCACCUACUAAAAAUAAAGACUACUCGUUCAGCUCCACAGCUGGCUGAGGGUGAUACUGUGGUGUUCAGUGCCCCUCUAGAGCUCAGCAAGAUGAACCCCCCUCCCCCUUACCCUGGGACAGUGGCUGCUGCUGUGGCUGCUGCAGCAGCUGCCGCUGCCUCGGCAUCAGCCUCCACUGCAGCCUCAAACGCUGCAUCUGGAGCAGGAGGAGGCACCAAUGGGACUCAGCCUAGUGACCUUUGUUUGAAGAAGGGAGAGUUCCCACUUUAUCCUUCAGGUCAGCAACAAGCGCAGUACCCCACACCCCUGGGUUAUGAGAGGAUAACAACCUUUGACAGCAGUGGGAAUGUGGAGGAAGUUUGUCGUCCUCGAACGCGUCUUGUCUGCAAUCAGAAUGUCUACACCCUCCAGGGACCUGGCAGCUCUGCCACUCUCAGGGUCACCUCUUCAUCAUCCUCCUCAGCCGAUGGCAAGAAGAUCCAGCUGCCCUACACCUCUGCCACUCUCAACAGACUCACUGCGCCCCGCUAUUCCAUACCCAGCGGAGACCCGCCCCCAUACCCUGACCCAGCCAAUCAGAACAGUGCUGUUGGCAGAAAUCCUGGACAGAGGCUUGACAGCAGUCUGAUCCAUGCCACUCUCAGGAGGAACAGCCGAGAGGCUGCUCUCAAAGUUUCCCAGAUGCUGGACCCACCUAGACCACUGCCUCCUAAGGCUAAAAAUAGUAGUGCACUAGCAGCCUCAUACCAGCAGAGGGUGCCAACAGCCUUAUACACCUGCAGUCAGUGUAGCAGUGGAUCCAGCGUUGGAGGCACUGCCCCAGGGAGCGCUAAUGGAAUAGCAGGAGGAACUAUAAUCAGACAGGAUUUCCCUCCAGGGAAUGGGGCACCACACAGCACAGUUAUUGUUCACUCCAACAGUGCUACUCCUCUGGCCUCCCAGUCCUCUUACAACCUGCUGAGCUCACUUGAAGGAACUGGAUCUGUAGGAGCAGGAGUAAGUAACAGAGACAGGGCCGAUUAUGUUAAUUCAGCAUUUACUGAGGAUGAAACACUGAAUCAGUCACUGAGGCAUCUGGCACUCGGAGGAAAUGAUGCAUCAGGGCUGGUUGUCAAACGCCCACCUCCCUAUCAGUGGGACCCAGCUGCCACAGAGGAGGUGUGGGUUCCUCAGGAAAGGACAGCAACGCUUAACCCUACUGGCCCCCCCCUGCCACACAAACCACCUCCCCUUAUUCUCAGCCCAGCCCAGCACUUGGAUGUAUCCAGGCUGCCUUUUGUCCUUUCUCCAAAGUCUCCCACCAGCCCCAGUGCUGCGUCAUUUCAGGCAGCUGCAGCAGCUGCAGGCUACCAAAUCUCUCUCCAGUACCCCCCAGCAACUGCCUACUCUGGGGCUCAGCUCCAGCCCAUCCCGGGGUCACCACGCCCCUGCUCCUCCCCAAAGGAGGUGGUGGCACCCGUACCCUUUUCACAGCAGGAUGCAACACUUGUCUUACCCCCGGGUUACCCUGCAAACCUGACCAACCUAGCCUGCUGCCCUCUCCCUCCCAUGUAUCCAGGAGGAAGUGCUUGUGCCGGGCUUCCCAUUCCCCCUAUUGCCCUCCACACACCUUGGGGUACAUAUAACUCUUGCCCCCCUAUUUCCAGUCCUGCAGUGCCACUACCACCCAAAGCCUCCCACAUGGCAGACAAAAAUGUUCUCUCGCCACCUCCUCCACCACCACCACCCCCUCCACCACCACCAGCAGAGCUGCAAAGCCAUGGAGGAUUACAAGAGGCCAUGGCAGAGGCUGGGGAAAGUUUCCAGGAGGUGCUCUCCUUGACUGAGAGCCCCGUGCCACAGCGCUCUGAGAAGUUCAGCAAGAAGAACCGCAAGCGGGUGGAUGGUCGAGCUGAGGAGGCUAAUGUGCCACCUUUGGCUGAAGGGAGCAAGUCCAAAAAGGAGGGGAGGGCUCUGGGAGAUUUCAACUCACUCAUCUCCAGUCCACGGCUGGGAGGAAGGGACAAAAAGAAGCUGAAGGGACAGAAAGAGCAACAGUUAAAGGCUAAGAAACUGAAUAAGGCCACUGCCAACAGUGAGUUCCAAGACAGUUCAGAAAGUGAGCCAGAACUAUUCAUCAGUGGGGAUGAGCUGCUCAACCAGUGCCAGAGCGGUAAGAAGGGUUGGAAGAGUAAGAGGAACCUUCGGGCUGCCAGUGAACUGGAUGAGAUCAAGUGUCGAAAGGCCAAUGAGAAGGAGGACCGAGGGCUGGGCAGCCAAGGUUUCGUGUACGUCAUGGCCAACAAGCAGCCACUGUGGAAUGAAGCCACGCAGGUCUACCAGCUGGACUUUGGUGGGCGCGUCACACAGGAGUCUGCCAAGAACUUUCAAAUUGAACUGGAGGGCAGACAGGUGAUGCAGUUUGGCAGGAUUGAUGGCAAUGCCUACAUCCUGGACUUCCAGUAUCCCUUCUCUGCUGUGCAGGCCUUCGCAGUGGCUUUAGCCAAUGUCACUCAACGCCUCAAAUGAGAUGUCCCAUCCCUACUUACCCUGAGUUAUAUCUGGGAUUUAAUGCAAUCUUUUGAAGGGGCACAGUUGUUUCAUUUGAGAUUAAUAAACUUUGAUUUUGGAGAGAAGACUAAAAUCAGCCCUGGUCAUAGAGAGAGAGAGAGAUACAAUCACGCUGCACUACACAAUGCUGCCAUUUGAGUUGGUGCAAUAAGCAUUGGCUGCAUUUGCCAAGGAUGCCCUCAGAUUUGCUCCGUUUGGCAGUCAGUGGCGCCUUGCAAUGCAUGUAUGGCCAAAGAGCUGAGCUUUGGUGAUCAUCAUGCAAAUAAAUGCUGCUUUAGCUAGAAGAAGCUUAUAGACACGAUAACCAAUCGGUUAACUGAGAAAGGAAUUGUCAAGGUGCAGUUUUCAAAAGAGGCAGCAGUAAUACUUGAAAACCACACUCUGGAGAUCAAAGUUGUUUUCCCCAGAGCGCACAGGUACUACUGGGCACUGAAAUCCAUUGCUGUACAAAACUUCAGUGAAACAGUUACCACUUUAUUAUACUGCUUUUGCUUUUAGGAUUUUAUUAAAUGACUUAACAUGGUGGAGGGUAGGAGGGUCUUUUUGUUUCGCUCUCUGCCAUUCCUUUUGUUACCAUCUCAGUCUGUUAAGGCUGGAAUUGAGGUUUAGAUAUAUGCAUCAUCUAGGAGCAUUAAGAGUUCACACAUUUCACAGUUGUGAAAGGUGUUUCACUGUUAAAAACUUGGGAAGGUAAAGUAGUAAAUAGCUGAGGUGAGCUGCAGUCUUUUCCACAUGGUUUCCUGGGACUCUGAAGGACGAAGAAAUGUUACUCUGUUCAUGGAUUAAAUUAUAUGUACAUUUUGUUGUUUA